AUGUGUGCCAAGAGAUUAUAAGCCUUGUGGUCUAAGAUUUAAGGUUUUAGUGUUGAUUUGAAUAAAACAGUUCUUUAGAAUAUCAAGUGUAUAGAGCAGUGUCAGUUUUUGUUCAGUGUAGAGCUAACGUGUUGGACUUUAAUAAAAUAAUUUAAAAUAUGGGCAAGCUCGUCCUCAUCCUAGCGCUACUCCUCGGUGCGGGGGCGUUGACCUGGAAGUACCUGUGCAAGGACUGCCACCCCCCCUCACCCCCCAACCUCACCGACGAGUGGUGGGGGCCCAAGCAGCUGAUAGGGAAGGUGGACCACACGAUUAGGCCGUUUAAAGUCAAGUUUACUGAGGAGAUGAUAAAAGACCUCCGCUCCCGCCUCGACAACCACCGUCCGCUGACCCCUCCACUAGAAGGCACGGCUCUAGAGUACGGUAUGAACUCCAACCAACUGGAGGAGAUCCUCAAAUACUGGUCGAAGAGCUAUCCAUUUGAGAAGCGAGAGCAGUACAUGAACCAGUUCCCGCAGUUCAAGACUAAUAUUCAAGGACUUGACAUUCAUUUUAUUAGGGUGAAGCCUGAGGUGAAGCCCGGAGUAACUGUAGUCCCCCUGUUGCUCCUCCACGGCUGGCCCGGCUCCGUGCGAGAGUUCCUCGAAGUCAUCCCGCUGCUGACCAGGCCAAGGACUGGACACAACGUAGUGUUCGAAGUGGUAGCCCCUAGCCUGCCGGGCUAUGGUUUCUCUGAUCCAGCAGUGCGUCCGGGUCUAGGCGCCGCCCAGAUGGGAGUCAUAGCUCGCAACCUGAUGAAGAGACUCGGCCACCAGCGCUUCUACGUGCAGGGCGGCGACUGGGGCGCGGUCAUCGGGGCUGCCAUGGCCACGUUGUACCCUGAGGAGGUCGUCGGGUUCCACAGCAACAUGGCUUAUGUUAAUAACCUCUGCACCAUGCUCAAGACCCUCAUCGGCUCCAUCAUGCCGUCCCUCAUAGUGGAGGAGCACCUCGCGGAUCGGAUGUACCCUCUCGGCACCUGGCUGUCGUAUGUGAUGGAGGAGUUCGGGUACAUGCACCUGCAGAGCACUAAGCCUGAUACUGUCGGUGUCGGCGUAUCAGACUCGCCUGCCGGCCUAGCGGCGUAUAUCCUGGAGAAAUUCGCCACCUGGACCGUCCGAGGCACCAAGGCCCUCCCAGCGCACCUGAACAGGGAUGCCCUCAUUGAUAACUUGAUGAUGUACUGGGUGCCAAACAGCGUAACUACGUCUAUGCGACUGUAUGCUGAGACCAUGUCGUCCAAGUAUAGGGCCAUGAAGUUGGAUGACAUCAAGACCCCAGUACCGACGUGGGUGCUCCAAGCAAAACACGAGCUGUUCUACCAGCCAGCCUCCAUCCUGAGGACAAAAUACACGAACCUCCUCAACACAACAGUCUUGGAUCACGGAGGCCACUUCAUAGCUUUCGAACAACCAGCCAUAUUGGCUCAGGAUGUGUUUACAGCUGUCACUGAGUUCAGGAGGUGGCAUGAUGAGCAGAGCAAAGCUAAGACUGAGUUGUGAAUUAUGUGAUUUUAUUGUUACACUUUGCACGGUAUAGAAUUAUGAGGAUGGCGUUUAUCAGCGGCUGCUACACGGGUUCGUUAUCGACGUCCAAAAACUCGUUUAAUGCGCGUUCUACUCAUUUUCAAUUUUUACUAAUCACAGCGUCGUAUUUAUGGCGAAUAAGGAUAUAUAGUGACGUUUAUAUACGUCGAUAACGAACCCGUCUAGGAGCAGCAGAUAGGAAUAUUUAUCAAAUCAAGCUACAUAUACAUAUUAUUACUAGCUGACAGAUGUCACCCGCAAUAUCAUACAGCUCAAAUAGCAUAGGUAGGUAUCUGUUAUUUUGGUUAAAUAUUUUUUGUACGAACAAAGGGUUUUUUAAAUAAAAUGCUUCGGUAUCUCCAAAGUUUA